GGCUUAGCGGGGAGCGCAGUGUGCGAUCGCCGUUCGAGCGGUUAAGAUUAUGUUUAGAGUUUGUUUCGCGAGACGUCUCGGUGUUACUCGCGCUUGAGUAUAAUUGAUAACGUUCGUUCCUUCUUUUUUUCUUCCCCCCUUUCUUUUUUCUUCUUUUCUCUUUCUAUUUCUCUAUAUCGAAUAACCUAUCUAGGAUAAAAAAAAAAAAAAAAACAAAAAAAAGAAGGGAUAUAAACGCGAAGGGUUGACGAGAUUAAUAUAAUUACCGGAUGAUAUGCUACCAAAUAGAAGAUAGUGGUGUGUUCAGGCAAUCCACCAAGAUGAUUAUCAUUUCGAUGACACUUUUAACUUAAAGUGUAAGACCGAAAUAAAAAUAACGAAAGAAAGAGAAAAAGAGAAAAAGAGAAGGAGAGGGGGAGAGAGAGAGAGAGAAAGAGAGAAAGAGAGAAAAUAAGACAAUAUAACAAAGAUCGAAGAAAAACGAAAGGAAAGGAGGCUUAGAAGACCGUCGUCACGGUCUUCCUAAGAAAUGGGCAAGAAGGGCUCCAAGCGGAAGACCCGAUGGAGAACCCUGAGCAUUGGUGAACGCAUCGAUCGAAAACCGAGAAGUAGAUGCGUUAUUAGAAACUUAUACGUCGUGUUGAGUGCGCGAGACGGAUUCUUCUCUACGUUGUGGAAAAGUUUAAAAAGGGCGGAGGGAAAAAGUCAUGCAGUGGCGCCGACAACGGAGGGUUACCCACGUGAUCGGCUCCUCCAAUCACGUUUUGCUUUUAGCGAGGUACCAAGAUGCUCCACCAGGAGAGGAGGACGAAGAAGAAGGCUUGCGAAACGGAUACGUAAAAGGUCAGCAAAAUGACACGAGCCCUCAUAACUUUGAUCGAAAUGGACAGGCUGAAUAUAAACCACGAAGAAGCGUUGUUGGAUUCAGUGGUAGCAGUAAUUAUGCGAGUGGAACAUCGAGAUCGAGGAGAGACGAAUCGACAGGUUCUCUUUCCCAACCUAAAAUUAUAUUCAAUGAGGACGAAUAUACGAGGAUUACGACACCUAGACAAGAUGUUCUCUUCAAGAAGGGUUAUUUAUCCCGUAAAAAACCAUGGGCUAGUAAUACUAGUACCAGUGCUACACCAUCAACCACUGAGAGUCAGUCAGCCUCGCAUUCAACCGCAGGUAGAGGUAUAGAUGGCAGCGAAACAACAGAGGAUCAACAAUUAUUGGAUAGGGAUAGCACAGUUGGAGAAUAUCCUCCAGCAAUUGAUCCGACAGCGCAAAUUAGUUAUGGAACAUUUUAUGAUCAUGCCAGUGGUUAUUAUUACGAAUAUCCGAUGAUGUUGGUUGGACCUGCACCAAUUCCUGCCCAAAUUGGACCUAGCGUCCUUGCGGCUCUCCCAUGUGGUUCGGUACCUUUAAGACCAAUAGAAUGGAUCAAUCCAGCUUUUGUACCAAAACUAUCUGGACAAUCUUAUUGCUUGAUGGACUCCAAUGAGAUUCAUUAUCAGAGUGGUCAAAGUACAGAAAGUCAUGCGGUAGUAACGGAAGAACAUAAUAAUGCUUCAGUACCAGUGGAAAAUUCUAAUGGUGUUUGGAAUGAAAAUGGUACAGGAAGUGCAAGUUGCAAUGGAAGCAUUGCUGAGGAAGUCGAAGAACAAAAAGUAGAAGGAACUAAUGUGAUAAAAGGAGAAAUCGUCAAAGAGGAUAAUCGAACGGAAGAGUUUUAUGGUGUAGUGGAUCAAUGUUCAAUGAUAGAAGAAAAUAAUGAUGGAAGUCGUGCUCCUUAUCUCGAGCCAAUUGUGAUGCAACAACCACCUAUACACCACGUGCCACAUGUGAUACCAGCCAUACCACAGCCAUAUAUGUAUCCUGGUCACUACAUGUUCGGUCCACCACUGGUCAACAUUAAUGGUGUAACCAUACAAGGAGGACCAAUGAUCAGAACCACCGAUAUUACAACAAUGAUGGGAACGUACACCAAAAGAAGGAAGAAGAAAAAGAGUAGAAAGCAAAGAAGACUCGCGUUGGUUAACGCGGAAGACGACGAUGAGGAAUACAGUUCCGAAGGAGAAAAUGGUUUAUCGUCUUCCCGGACAUCUUGGUCUACUACGUGUCCAGCUUUGGUUACAACAACAACAACAACAACAACAACGAUGACGACGACGACGACAACGACGGAGACCGAGACGGCAACUACGACGACCACGACAAUGGCGAAUCGACCUCUUAAUCCUGAGUGCGAAGAAUUUCAACUUCGUCCGGUUGUCGAACGUGCUGUUUCACUUGCGAUACCAUCAUUGCCAUCACCAUCACCACCACAACAACAACAACAACAACAACAACAACAACAACAACAACAACAACAACAACAACAGCAACAAGCGCAACAGCAGCAGCAUACUUCCGAAGAAACCGAUCAGUUACUUCGAACGAAUACAUUUACAGAAGGAAUACAUGAGAAUGGUAAUGAUACUUCUUGUGAAACGAAGUAUUAUAAUACUUCCUGUAAAGAUACAAAUAACAAAGAACAGGAAACGACGACAUUAAAUGAAAUAUACGAUUCGAAUAUGGAAUCAUUCAUGGAAGAUUUGUUGUCUUCGUCGUCGUCGUCAUCGUCGUCGUCGUCGUCGUCGUCGGUAUCGACGUCGUCGAACAAACAAGUUGACUCUUUGACUAAUCCAGAGAAUAGACUGACCGACUACCUCUCUGAUAACAAAACAGUCAACUCAACGAAAGAGGAGAUUACAGACUACGUAAUUAAUGACGCAAGGACUGAAAGUAAAGCGUCGCAAAGGACUGAUAUUAAAGAUGUUGCUAAUAAUUCGUUCAGUGCCAAUGAAAAAAUAUGCGAACGAUCUACUAGCGACGUUAAUAAAUUUUCAUCUAUAUUAUACGCGGAACCUGACAAGGAUAUAUUAAUAAAUGGACAAAGAGGUACGGAUGAAGAUAAUGACGAUUCGGAAAUGAUGAAAAUUUCAUCUUUAGAAAAUUAUACGUUACUUUCUGAAAAAGUAAUAUUGUCGCCGCCGUCAUCAUCGUCGUCCUCGUCCUCGUCGUCAUCAUCGUCAUCAUCAUCGUCAUCGUCAUCAUCAUCGUCAUCAUCAUCGUCAUCGUCGAGAUUGUCCAGUCAAUUGGAUCUCGAGGAAGAAAUGAUAAUAACUAGCAAUCUGAAUACUCGACAGAAGGAAGAAGAAGAAGAAGAAAAAACUUCUGAAUCGUUUGAUACAAAGGGAACAAAAACGAUAUUAUUUACGAAGAAGUACAAUUCGAAGGAUACAAAGUUUUUGAGAGAAACAACACCUGUUCUAAACUUAAAUGAGAGUAAUAAUGCAAUAGUCGAAUCCAAUGAAAAUGUAACAAAUGAAAUUGAGAAGGCACAAACGAAGAAACUUACAUUAACGAUCGAAUUGGAAUCCGUGUCUAUUGUUGAAAAAAAUGAUAAAAACGAAAUGGAAGAUCGAGUUUCGAAUGAGUCCGUAUUUGAGACUGCAAGAGACUAUGUCGAUAAUAAGACUGUUAGCAAGGACGUUGCUGAAGGUUCUAACGAUGAUUCUGGUUUUGAAACUCAAACGCAUCAGGCUGAAUAUCAUAUAACCGAAGCUGUAACCGAAUGGUUACGCAGAGCAAAUUCGCCAGAUGUAUUUAUAAAGACGUCAGUGAUUAUUUCGGACAGCGAUAGCGUGGAUGAGGAUGAUUUGGACGAAGAGCCGCCAAAAAACUUGAAAGGCAACCCCAUACCUGCACUAUCUUUUAAUAGCAACGCCGACGAUUAUGAUCAAUUGUCGUGCAUGGCUAGCUGCAGCGAAUUCGCAAAGAUUAAUAACAGCAUUGAGAACGAUAAGACAUGCAACAACGAUAUAUCAGCAAUUUCUAAAAGGAAAACAGCAAUGUAUGUUCGAGGUAUUAAGAAAAUGUCAGGAGAGAGAUUCGCUAGGCGUGUUGUAAAUAAAGACGAAAAUAUUUUCAACAAAGUUAUAUUUUCUUCCUCGGAUUCUUGUCAACAACAGGAAAAAGAAGAAGACCACAAACAAGAAGACGAAGAAGAAGAAGAAGAAGAAAAAUUCACUAACAAAUUGAGAAAUAGGAAUCUGCUGAAAAAAAAUGUUGUUGGGAUUUGCGAAUUUACUGAGAAGGAUAGCGUUACGGGUAUGAGGGUUGCUAAUAGCUCUCGGAUGAAUUUAAAAAGGAACAACACGAGGCGUGCGAGAAGAAAUGGAAAAAUUCAUAAAAGACCAGCUGAAUGUAUGAACGUUAAGAUACAACGUAUAGAUGUGAGUACUGAGGAUGAAGGAAUUGCAGAAGACACUAUGAACGUAAAAACUUUUGAGAAAGGAGAAAUAGUUGUCUCGAUAGAUGGCAAAUUGCUUCAGAUUUCACCGUUUGCACAGUUCGUACAUUAUGUAGAAAAUGUAUCUAAAAAUAUUAAUCAAACAGAUGAGAUAAAUUUGAAAAAGACAAUAGUUGGUACUAAUAAAAUAGAGAGAAAAGACAUGGAUAAGAAAAACAGUAAUAGUGACGACGAUGAAAUCGAAAGUACAGUGGCUUCAUUGGUUAGUAUAGAGGAACCUGAUGUAUUAGAAUGUUGGGAAGCAGAAACUAUUGAACCGAUAAUAACUCCAAAGAGAAUGUUGCAAAGUCAUGGUACAUCUUAUGAAGGAGAAGCCGCGGAAGAAGAUAAUUUUCAAACUGAACCAGCUAUUGUAGAACAUGUACAGAAGUAUUACAGAUUGGCACGUGGAAGUGCUACGAGUAUAGAAGAGGAACCAUACGAAAGCAAAAUAAAUGAGCUCGAUCUUAAGCCAUUUAAUAAAUCCAGAAUGGUGCCAAAUAGUUCUGUUGAAUUGAUCAAAGGUUACCAAGGAGAAGAAAUUCCAAUAAUAAUGCCAAAUGAAAAAGACACGAAUAUUGUGGAUGAACUUAAGAUACCUAUCGAAGAAGCUUUCGAAGUAUAUGAAAAUUGCUACAUGGAUAAAUCACCCAAUUCAAUUUUUCAACCAUAUAACAUAUUAAAUCGUCAAGAAAGUGAAAGACCUGUAUCAUGCAAAGCGGUUUAUUGUAGCAUUCAAUAAUAAUCUUAAAUAACUGGAGACACAGUUAUAACUUCGUUAUAAAUAUAAUGUCUUGAAAAAAAAAAAAAAACAAAGAAUAAUGAUAGCUCUAAGGCUGCACAUCUCGAUCAUACUUCUAUGACAUUACUUCUUCCACGAAUACUAUAUAUAUCAAUGUAUAUGUUUACAUCAUUGCCUCGAGAGUGGAAGAUCGAAAUUCAUUCAUUAUAUUAUAUAAUCUGUGCAUUAAUAUAUUUUUAUUAUACAACAAAAAUCAUGAUUCAAGAAAUGAUUCGAAUGAAAUGCGACAAACGGAGAUAAAACGUAUACAACUGUUCUUUCUUUUUAUUUUUAUUCUUUUUUUUUUUGUAAAUAAUUCUAUGCAUUAUUUUUUUUUUCAUCUCGUCAUAUUUCAUAAAUACUUCAGUCGAGUGUUAUGCAUUAUGAAAGAAAGAAAGAAAAAAAAAAAAGAAAAAGGAAAAAAAAAAAAUAUUAACGUUAACAGUUUUCAAUGAAUUAACGAUUACCACAAUGGUUAGAAACUACUUGCUGCACAUAUUUUUAUUUCUACGAUGACAAAUAUGCAGGUCGUGCAUUUUUUAAGAUCUUGCCAGGAAGCAAGAUUAAUUGAAUAAGGUCACAUCAUCUUUAUUUAAUGGAUGGAUAAUGAAGUAUGAUAAAGAAUAAAAAAUAAAAGAAAGAACGGAGAAAAAAGAAAAGAAAAGGAAAGUAAAAAAUAUGAAAGAAAAACAAAAAUAAUGGAGACAGGCAAGACGACACAUUGAUUAUUUUUCUUCUUCUUAUUAAAAGAAAAAAAAUAAAAAAAAGUACAUUGUAAGCACGAAACGAAUUAUAUUAUGUCUUAAAAUGACUAAAAGACAUAUUUUUUACAAACUCCGUUUAAUCCACGAAUUUUACAUGAAAAUUAAAUAAUCAACUUCGUGUACCACGUUAAAGGACCUUCGCUUAGGGAAUACCUUAAAUUUGUUAAUGGAAGAUACAAAAAAAAAAAAAGAACAUACAAUAGAAACUGUAGAUUAUAUUCGCAAAUUCAUUAUAUUAUCGCUUCAUUCAAUUUCCUAAGCUAGGGGCUUAUAUUAUUAUUAUUAUUAUUAUUAAAUGAAGAAAAAAAAAAGAAAAAAGAGAGAGAGAGAAUAGAGAGAAAAGCUCAGAAACAAUUAUUUCUUGUAUGCUUCGAGUAGCGACGUAUGGAUAUUGACAUGAUUAUGGCGUUAUGUUUGGCUAGGUAUAUAUAAUAAUCUAGAGGAAAGACAAAAAAGCAGUAGAUUACGUAGUUAUGUCCUAGCCAUUGAAGAAAAAAAAAAAAAAAAAAAAAAGAAAAAAACGAACAACAAAAAAUAAGUAAAAUAUAAAAUGUACAUAAGUUUUUUGCUCAGCAAUGAGCAUGUUAUACUGGUUUAAUCGAAAGAAAUAAAAAGCGAUGAAAGUUACGUUGAAAUAGAUACAUACAUACAGUUGAAACUAUAGAUGCACACUUUGCUUGUAUACGCAUAUGUGUACUUACACAUGCAAGAAGAUAAAAUAUAAAAGAAGCUGUUGUUAUGUCAUAAUUCAUAUAUUAGUUUCAUAUAGCUGGGGAAAAAAAAAAAAAGGGAAAAUACCUCAGGUUGGUAAAGAUAUAUAUCUCGAUUGAAAGAGAAAAAGAAAAAAAAUGAAAUAGAAAAAGGAAACGUAUGGUUCACUAAUAUCGCAUGUAUCUCAUAUCAUAAUAUACAAACAUACCUCAAAGAAAUGUAUAUAUUUAAAAGCGCUAUUCAUCCAAACAAACAAACAAACAAACAAACAAACAAACAAACAAACAAACAUGCAUACAUAUACACACAUACAUACACAAUAUUGACGUCAGGUAUAAUAAUAAUAAUUAUUAUUAAUAAUAAUAAUAUAAUUAAAUAUUAAUAUAAUAAAAUAAUAAUAAUCAUUAUGUCGGAGCAACAGCGAUAUAUAGAGAAGACAGUCGUUCCUGCAAUAUCCUAAUUUUUCCAAGGUACAUGAGAAGCAUCGAUUAUUUCCAGGAUAAUCCAUAAAAUUUAUAGUAAUUCAUUCACUUUAAAGUAUAUUAAUGAUAGGAGCGAAUAAUACCGCUAUAUUAAAUGCGCGUUGCAUUAAUUGUGUGCCUUAUUCUGUGGCGGCCAUUUUUGUAACCAGUUCAAAGCAAACUCCUUGAUGAUCAACAAUGAACAAUAUUGUCAAAGAGCUCUUAAGACUUAUUAUUACGCUCGAAGUCGCGAAUAAAAACAGAAAAUAAAUACUUGGCGACAAUGAUUUUAUCUCUGGGCAUGCAUGAUAUAUAACUGAUGAUGUAUAUUAAAAGAAAAAAAAAAAGGAAAAAAAAAAGAAAAAAAAAAUAGAAAAAAAAGUAAAAAAAAAAAAGUGAAAAACUCUCAUUUAUUCCUUUCGUGGUUACAACUAACGUGCAUACACAUUCGUACGAAUACGUGGCAGGCAUUAAUAUAUUAACGUCGUAUAAAAAAAAAAAAAAAACGUCACACGUUACUAUACAAUUAUAUUUUAGUUGAAUUUAAAUAAAAAUGUAAGGGAGUUAAGUGUACUUCAAAUUUUGUUGUGUUUUUGUUUAAAAAAUAUGAAUAAAAAGUUGCAAUUAA